AUGGGGAAGAUAAUGAGUGUGGUGAAUGAUCUGAUUUUGAGGAGAGAUCGCGAUUCUCAACAACGAGAGAAUCUCUCUCAAACAAUUCGAGCUUUACGCGCAGAUGCUUUGCGAUCGACGACUGAUAUGGAAAGGAUCACGACAAAAAACACCGAAUUACAACGAAAAGUUGGAAUAGCGGAUGCGACGGAACGGGCUUUGAAAACACAGUUGAGGAGUGCGGAACAGGCUGUCAAGGGCUUGAAAGAGGAUAUGGCGAGGAUGAAAGUCCUGGUGGGACAGACAAGGGCGCAGUGUGCGAAUGAAGUUAGAAAGAAGGAAAGAAUUAUCGAAGGAAUGAAGAAACAUGUCGCUGAAGGUGGGAGAGCAAGGGGCAGUGGGAAAGCUGUGGGUGUUGCGACUAUUAAUGUAGUCCCUGGAGUUGGAGGUGAGAAUGGAAGCGGGGAAGGAAUGGGUACAAAUGACGAGGGGUAUGAUUUGAGAAUGGAGACGAAUGAGUUUCUGACGGAAUUGGCCAGAGGAUUAAGUGACGAGAAUGAAUCAUUAGGGGGAUUGGUGAGAAGGACCAUUGAGACAUUGAGGACGGUUUCUGGUUGCGAAAAAGAGGAGGAGCAAAGAGGAAAUAUGGUGGUACAAAUGGAGGGCUCUUAUGAGCAUCUUGCUUCUGAAAUGGAAAUCGUAAUUGAACAUCUACGAACGAUCCUGACAAAUCCGUCAUUUGUCUCGCUAGAAGAAGUGGAGGUUAGAGAGGAAGAGAUCAUAAGAUUACGAGAAGGUUGGGAGAAAAUGGAGUCUAGAUGGAAGGAUGCGGUGCAGAUGAUGGAUGGGUGGCGCCAUCGAAUGGCUAGAAGUGGUCAAACCGUCAACAUUGAAGAAUUGAAGAUGGGUUUAAGCCUGAGUCCAUUCAAGCCUACGGCAGAACCUAAUUAUGAGGUUCUUCAAUUAUCGAUGGUGCAGGAAGAAGACGAGGAAGAAUAUGAGGAUGAAGGUGAAACACAGGCAGAUAUUGAUGCCAUGGAUGAUUCGGGCAUUGGUGGUCAUGCGGAGCCUGACUUCCAUGACGAGGAAGAAUUGAGUGAUGCUGAGUCUAGCAUUUUUGAAGAAGAACCCGAGAAAACAAGGCAAGAGGAAUUUGAAGCUGAGGAGGAGGAGGAAGUAGAGGAAGAGGAAGAAGAAGAAGAAGAAGAUUAUGAUGAAAUUGCUGAGGAACAACAACAACCUGCAGACAUGACUUUGGAUACAGUAUCAUCUCUACCUGGGACACCACCUCAAAUGUCCCCUCUUCGCGAAACAACCAAAGGAAACCGAGGUAGUCCCACAAAGCCAAGUCCUAAGGGAUUCACUACUAUUAUUGAAGAAAAUACCUGGGAUCUCUUACAACUCGAGCAAUCCUCACAUAAUCACAAAUCUAUAUCAGCCCAAACACCUCAGCCUCUCCCCCGAAAAGAAAAGAAGGGGGAAGUAAAACAGCUCUUCGUUGCAUCCGCCGACCAAACCUCCGCUCCCAAAACUCCAGUCCCAACUCUCUCCGCCCAUUCAUCAACUAGAUCCUCAACCAGAUCCUCCGUCGUAAGAGAAACUAGAUCCUCAGCCGCAAGAGCAGCUUCAGCUAAAAAGCCCGUCCAUCAAACACCCAAACCAAAAGCCACUCCCAAAGUCCAACUUCAACCUCCUACAUCCGCAAGCCGCUUGCCUCGACCACCCCAUAUCCCACCUCAACAGAGUCCUCUCACCAUGGCUAGCAUAGCCGCUAAACUCGCCGCAUCCGAACGUGAAGCAGACGCUGCAAGAGUAAAGGCUAAGUUGAAAGCAGCAAAGUUAGCACGCAGUGCUGCAUCUACUACCAGCACGACUGCCCCACGAUCCGAAAGCCCAAUUAGGAAAAGGGAACCGGAAGUCACGAAACUAAUGCCUCCACCUUCUUCGCCUGUCAGAGAGGAACCGAUCAAAGGUGAAAGUACCAGUAGCACAACGAUGAGAAGUCCCGAAAAAGACUUGAGUGCUGUAUCAAAUAGAAAGAGAAAGGUCAGAGCAAGUAGGGACAAAGAGCUUGGAAGAGCUGCAAGGAGAAGAAGUACAUUGAGUCCGUGGGAACUGGAGAGUUUAAUUUUAGGCGGGAUGGGAUCACCAAGGAAGGAGGAAUGA